CCGCCGCGCGGCCGCAGUCGGGCCCGUGUGUACUAACCCCGCAUGGCGUGCCGCUUGGCGCCUCCACCGUCAGCAUCGCCGACAUGUCGAUGGGUGACGACAGCGUGUUCGCCUCCGACAUCGAGCCGCCGAGUGACGUGCAGCACAAGCGGAAUCUGCUGCUGGAGCUGCGCGCCGCCAGCAGCGAGCCGACCGACGACGAGAGCGCCGUCCACGACUACCUCAGCAUGCACCGCGGCUCCAUCUCUGCCGCUAUCGAGAUGCUCAGCCUCUUCACGGACGACAGCCCGGCGCUGCUGCCGCCCCGCGCCGCCGCCGCCACCGCCGCCGCCGCAACGGUCGCCGCUACUGCCAUGGCUGCCGAGGGCGGCGGGGACAAGGAGGAGCGCGAGCGCCGGCGACGCGACGACACCGGCCUGGCGGAGGACCGCAUUUCGCUGCACGGGGCUGACUACACCGACAUCAUCCCGGCCAUGCUGAAGGAUCUGGAGGACGCCUGUCCCGACGGCAGCGCGGCGGGGCGGCGCGGCCAGCGGGACGCCGGCGAUGGUGCCGAGGACCCGGACCGGGUUGAGACGAGCCUGUCACCCCUCGGCGCUACCGUCGUGGCCAAGAGCCUCAGCGACCCGUGCGUGCCCAUGCGACGGUCCUCGCGCGGAUCGCUGACGGCGGACGACGACGCCGCCGCCGCAGACGCUGUGGUGACGUCACCGACACCACACGGCUCGGUGGCGUCAGCGAAAGGCAGCGAGUGGCCGGCCGGGCAGACGGGAUGGCUGGAGCCGCCUGUGGCCGUGGAGCGUCCUGACUCCGGCAGCAGCAUCGACGAGUUCCUGCUGCUCGAGACGCAGGUAGCGCAGGAUGAGCUGGAAGACCCCGCCGCGGGUCAGCUGACGGCCCGCGUUGGGGACCCUACUGAAGCGGAGGAAGGACAGCCGAUGGAAGAGGUGGCCGUCCUGGAGGGGGAGGCGGCCGCACGCGAGCGGAACGUCAGCGUUUGCUCCGUGCUUUCUGAGGACGACCCCGCCCUGUUCCUGCGCCAGAUGCUGACCAAGGGCCGGCAGGACAGCCUGGCGUCAGUGUCGUCCGACGCCUCGGGCGUGCGUGUGCUGGAGGUGACGUCUCCGAUGUCGCCACUCGCUGAGCACGCCGGACCGUACCACGUCGAGGAGCCCGAGACGACCGACGCUGACGACUCAGACGACUCGGGCGAGCUGACGCCGGCGGCCGACGACGACGAGGACGAAUGCGAUCCGCCAGCCGAGGACGAGGACGCCUUCCCGUCCAUCCUCUCGCCCAUCAGUGAACGCAGCGAACCGGGCAGCUCCGAGUCGCGCACGCCCAGUCCGGAGGAGCUGCGCCAGGCCGCGCCAGCGGGCAAGCCUCGCCGCGGCUACAACGCCUCGCAAGCGCUUCAUGGCGCCAUGCGUUCUCUGCUGGACAAGCUGAAAAUGCCUCGCUGGUCGGCCGUCGAGCGGCUGGCGGCGCUGCCACCGCCGGCCGCGCACCAGCGCGCACUGGCCGCCACGCUCGCCGUGUCCGAGUACAGCCCGCGGCCGUCGAUCGGCAGCUCCAGCGACGAGAGCGACGAGACGCUAGGCGAGCGCGUGGUCGAGGGUUCGGAGGGUGGUGAGGCGGUGUGCGCGUCGCGCAGCGCGCAGGAGAAGCUGGCGGCGCCGGCCGAGCGGGCGCGCCUCCGCUCCACCGACCUCGAGACGCACGAGCUGGAGGGGGCGCGUCGCGCGGCUGGUGAGCGCGCCGCGCUACCGCUGCGCCGCAGCUGCAGUGUCGAGGAGCUUGACGAGCUGAACGAGUUCCUGGAGCUCGAGCAGCAGGUCAUGUCGGAGACGGAGCGUCAAGAUUGCAGUUAGCCGAUACUCAUCAAGGGGACACAACAGUAUGCAUCGGCGUAGUAUAGGUGGCAAUGGUAAGUUAGCAGUCUUCGGACAUGGAUCCAGAACCUGUAGCAACCACCGCGGAACUUCGUUCCCUAUGUUGUGUUCGCUCCCAUGAUUGCAUAUAUUCGUUCGACAUGAGCAUGGAUUAAUAUGCUGUUACCAAGCGCGUUUGCGUUGGGAUGCCAUGUUUCGAAUUUAAUUAGCUUGAAGGUCUGGCAUCCUUAUUCAGAGCAAUCACCUUCGUCCUACGUCACGUCAAUGCACGCCCGACACCAAGGUGUGUGGUCCGAGGAAUUAGACGUGACUGGCCUUCAUUUCCGGUCUGAUUCAUUUCCGGGCUGUUUUAUUUCCGGUCUGGGUAAACCGGCGCGAGUUAUCGUGAUUUGAGUACCAAUUAAUAUUAUUAUGACCUGAGCGACAACCCAUCGACGUCUCUUAUCCUGUCAAUUUCCAGAUCUCUG